UUGUACGAGAAUUGACGAGGACAUGUGGCUUCGGCCGGGCGUAUAGUAGACGACCGCAAUGCCUGCCGUGGCAGCUGUACUCGACGCACUGGAGGUGGCAUUGCUGCGUCGCUGCAGCGAGAGCGGAAAGCCUUGCGGAGAAAGUGAGCUCGGAGGUGCCAGAACGCGCCGCUACCGCCGUCCUAUAGAAGCUAGCGCGAGUGGCAGAAUCUCGAAAAAGUUGGAAUCCCGCGACCAUGUUCGCGCCUCGCUCUCCACGUUCAGUACAACGCCAUUGUUCCGCAUCCAACAUGUCUAAAUCGGAGCUCAAGGAAGAGAAGAAGAGUCGUAAGAGGCAGGCUGAGGAGAACGCUGAGGCGCCCGUCAAGUCGAAGAAAUCGAAGAAGUCAAAAGACACAGAUGCCACCGUUUUGCCCGUAGACGAGGUCAAGAAAGAAAAGAAAGAGAAAAAGUCAAAAGACAAAAAGUCCAAGAAGUCUAAGGACGUCACAGAGGAGACUGCAAAGGAAGCCGCUGCAGACGCAGCACCUGCUAAGGAGAAGUCUGAGAAGAAGUCGAAAAAGUCGAAGAUGUCCAAAACCUCCGAAGAGAGCGCCGAACCUACCAAGACCGACGAUGAUGUCGCCAUGACCGAUGCGACUGCUGGCGCCGACGAGACAGCCUCGAAAGACGAAAAGAACAAGUCUAAGAAGGAAAAGAAAGAGAAAAGGUCCAAGAAACCCAAGACAGAGUCUCAGAGCGCACCCACAGAGGAGCUUGCUACCACAAAUGAUGCAUCUGAGGACGUCGCCAUGGCGGAUAGGGCUGAAGUAGGUGUGAAGGGCGAGAAGAAAUCGAAGAAGGAAAAGAAAGACAAGUCUGAAAAGAAAGAUAAGAAGGAGAAGAAGGACAAGAAAGACAAGAAGUCUAAGAAGACAGAGGAGUCUGAGGUCAACAUCGAAGUAUCUGCAGUAGAAACGCCCGCUGCUGAGAGCAACGGCGGCGUCGAGACAGAAGAUGCUGAGGCUGGUGCUGAAGGCGAGAUUGGAGAGGGUACCGGCAAGAAGGGCCGUUUUAUCGUUUUCGUUGGCAACCUUCCUUACACCGCCACGAAGGAGCAGAUCGAGGAGCACUUUGCCAAGAUUAAGCCGAUUGAGAUCCGUCUGCGCACAUACAAGGGCACCAACAAGUUCAUGGGCACAUGCUUCGUCGAGUUUGACCGCUAUGACCGCAUGGAGCAAUGCUUAAAGAACUACCACCUUUCUGUCUUCCCUGACGGCAAGAAGAAAGAGGGUCGUAAGAUUAACGUCGAGUUCAGUGCUGGCGGUGGCGGCAAUAGCGAGGCGCGGCGUGAAAAGAUCGCGACCAAGAACACCAAGCUUCACGAUGAGCGCGCGAAUGACCGCCUGAAGCGUGUCGAGCUCGAGACAAAGCAGGCUGAGCGUGCAGCCAAGAAGGGCAAGGGCAAGAAGGAUGCUGAGCGUGAAGAGGAGGAGGCCGCUGCUGAGACUGACAACAACGGCAUUCAUCCUGCUCGUCUCGCAAUGAUGGCUGGAAAUGACGGAUCGUCACGUCCUUCGUAUCCUACCCACAGACAGCGAUACUAGAUCCUUCGCAAGUCCGCAUGGGGGAUGAAUUACUCAAGCCGCGCAGGAAGUGUACGGACCCCAGGAUACGGCCUUUGCAUUGAAUGCAUUUCUGGAUAGAAUGGGUGCGUCUUGUUAGGUUGUGUCAGUAUCACGGCCUUUGGAUACCAUACUACAGUACUAGACUUCAGCCAACGCUGCUAUGCAUCACAGUGUUGCAACUUUCCGG